AUGGGUGAGAGACAAAAAGCUUCUGAGAUGGACCUUUAUGCUUCUCGAUGGGUGAUGAAGGAACAAGCUUCUGGGUACAGCCAUUACCCUGGGAGACAGGAAGGUACACCCCCAAAUCCCCAGAGUGAAAGUAUUCCUCCAAAUGCCCAGAGUGAAAGUAUUCCCCCAAAUCCCCAGCGUGAAAGUAUUCCACCAAAUGCCCAGAAUGAAAGUAUUCCCCCAAAUGCCCAGAGUGAAAGUAUUCCCCCAAAUCCCCAGAGUGAAAGUAUUCCUCCAAAUCCCCAGAGUGAAAGUAUUCCCCCAGAUCCCCAGAGUGAAAGUAUUCCUCCAAAUCCCCAGAGUGAAUGUAUUCCCCCAAAUCCCCAGAGUGAAAGUAUUCCUCAAAAACCCCAGAGUGAAAGUAUUCCUCCAAAUCACCAGAGUGAAAGUAUUCCCCCAAAUCACCAGAGUGAAAGUAUUCCCCCAGAUCCCCAGAGUGAAAGUAUUCCUCCAAAUCCCCAGAGUGAAAGUAUUCCCCCAGAUCCCCAGAGUGAAAGUAUUCCUCCAGAUCCCCAGAGUGAAAGUAUUCUUCCAAAUGCCCAGAGUGAAAGUAUUCCCCCAAAUCCCCAGAGUGAAAGUAUUCCUCCAAAUCCCCAGAGUGAAAGUAUUCCUCCAAAUGCCCAGAGUGAAAGUAUUCCUCCAAAUCCCCAGAGUGAAAGUAUUCCCCCAAAUCCCCAGAGUGAAAGUAUUCCCCCAAAUCCCCAGUGUGAAAGUAUUCCCCCAAAUCCCCAGUGUGGAAGUAUUCCCCCAAAUCCCCAGUGUGAAUUCAGUAUUCCCCCAAAUCCCCAGAGUGAAAGUAUUCCUCCAAAUUUUUCUUUCGGAAAAUAUGACCCUGCACCCUCACAGAGACUUUAA